CUGCUACAUAUAUGUACGUGCACCUCCGUCUUUGGUGUUACACGAUACGAAGAAAUUUAAAGAGCUUGUACUUGUAAGUUGUAACGAUUGAAAAUGGCUAAGAUUCCGAUGAGGUUCAAGAGAAUAACAGCUGCAUUCGACGACGAUGCUAGGGCACGGUUGUGCCAGAGCAGCGGAAGUGAGCAUUCCGAUCAGAACUCCGUGACGGACCUUUCAGAUCUAGUUGACUCGUUCUUCGAGGCAGAAACCGAUGAUCGAGGUAAAUCCUGCUGUGAAAUUAAGGUUAGAGAUCGUCUGGAGGAGUCAGAGGAUCAGGAGGUGGAGAAUUUUUAUGGUACAGAUUCGGAGACGAAGGAAAUGCUGAUCGAUCUGAUCGGUGAUGGUACGGACGACGAAGAUGACUGCGUGAAGCGUGCGAUUCGUUCCGAGGUAGAAAUAGCGUGCGGGAAUUUUAAAAUUACUUCAUCAGAGGGUUUUAAGAGGCAUCUGAUGACUCUACUUCGACAGCGAGGGUUUGAUACUGGUCUAUGUAAGUCCAGAUGGGAGAAAACCGGACGGCAUCCCGCCGGAGAAUAUGAAUACAUUGACGUUCUGUUUUCCGGCAACCGUUACAUUGUCGAAUUAUCACUCGGAUCCGAAUUCACAAUCGCGCGACCGACUAAAACCUACCAAUCGCUGCUGGAAAUAAUACCUAAAAUCACAGUAAUCAAACCGAACGAACUAAAGAAGAUGAUAAGACUAAUGUGCGCUGCGAUGAGAGCUUCUUUGAAAACGAGAGAGAUGAUGAUUUCACCAUGGAGGAAAAACGGGUACAUGCAGUCGAAAUGGUUCGGAUCCUAUAAACGAACAACGAGCGCCAUUUCGUCGAGGUCAACAAUGGUAGCGGCGUACGGCGACGGCGAGUUUAACGGGCAGAGUUUUUUAGGGUUUGAGUAUUCACCGGCGGCGGCCAUUGUUGGUAGUGGUUAUUGCAGGAAGGAGGUUGAGAAAAUGCAUGUUGUUGGUAAUCUGAAGACGUUGAUGCUCAAUGGCAUGUCAUAGUAAUUACGAUGUAAAUCGGAGGGCGUAAUCGUAAAUAAUUAUAGAUAAUGGACUGAGUCAUAAUUGUAGAC